UUACCUCCGUUGAUUUGCACUCUACCCUGGUGCUACAUGUGAACCAUGGCUAGUCAGAGUAACGGUGGCUUAAAUCUUCAUGACGACAUGAUGGAGAGCGCUCUGAUCCGCUCUAUCUACUAUGGUAAAAUCAGUAAAGAGCAUACGGAGAGGCUGUUGGAGAGACAUGGGCACGAGGGCAGCUUUUUGCUAAGAGACAGUGAGAGCGUGCAAGGGGUAUACUGUUUGUGCGUACGGCAGACUCCAUAUGUCCACACCUACAGAAUCUGCCAUUCCUCUGAAGGAUGGGCCCUUCAGGUCGCUACAGGAAAAAGGCAGCAGCAUUUCAGGACUCUUGACAGGCUGAUAGAAAGUUAUAGAAGAGGCGUUGCCUCUGACGUCAUAACCCCCCUGACACACCCACUGGACAAGACACAGCUGCAAGACAUAAGGCCAACAACAGAGACGGCCUAUAUGGAAAUGUGAAACUAACAAAUCAUUCUCAGUAGAGGAGACUGCAACUGGUCAGGUGUUUUUAAUGUGUUGAUGUUUUGUUAUGUAUUUAAGACAAUAACAGCAUUUAAACAUGUAUUAGUACUGUGUAUACAAAUUUAAAUAUGUCAUUUUACUUUGUUUUGUCUACACAGUUUGGGGGAAUUGUGGGUUGGCGUAAGGAAAUAAGAAACCUCGGGGAGGUGGGUUUUGAGGAGUGUUCAUUUGCUGUUAUGUUAUGUGUCCACCAGGUGGACUUACUCCUCUGUAUUUU